GUCCACAAAAUUAAUAAAAAUGAAUCAAAAUCAUCAAAAAUUUCCUCCACUUCUCCUCUCUCUGGUGAAAACACCUAUAUAUAUUGGCUUGUGUAUAUAUUUAUAUACAUCACACAAAGAACGCAUCAAACGCCAAGGUAAAAAAAACCCAUCGUAACCUUCUAAUUUACACUAUGGCUAUUGCUCUUCAGAGUUCACUUCGAUUCCACCAUAAUUCUGUUUUCUUCCCUAGAAGUCCUUGUCUUUUUCAAAAUUCCCAAUCUCGCCCCCCUUCCCGUUUUUCUUCUGUACGGUGUCGCCCAAUAAUCCGAGCAAGCUCUGCUGUUGCUGUGGAAUCAGAAUUGGGCACUGAAGCCCAGGAUACUUCAGCUUUUGACUUGUUUGCUUGCCCCAUUUGUUAUGAACCCCUAAUAAGAAAAGGCCCUUCAGGUUUUAACUUGCCAGCAAUCUAUAGGUCCGGUUUUAAAUGUAGGAAGUGCAACAAGACGUAUUCGAGCAAAAAUAUCUAUCUGGAUCUCACUGUUACUUCUGGGACAAAGGAAUACAGUGAAUUUAUACCGGCUGGAACUGAGCUCUUCAGGAGUCCAUUUGUUUCAUUUGUGUAUGAGAGGGGUUGGCGCCAAAAUUUUAACCGUAGUGGUUUUCCUGGCCCUGAUGAAGAGUUCAACAUGGCUCAGGAGUAUUUUAAAUCAGCAGAAGGUGGAGUCCUUGUGGACGUUAGCUGUGGUAGUGGUUUGUUCUCCAGGAAAUUUGCCAAAUCAGGGGCCUAUUCAAGAGUUGUUGCACUAGAUUUUUCUGAAAAUAUGCUUCGCCAAUGUUAUGACUUCAUAAAAGAUGAUGUCACUAUCUUAGGCUCAAAUCUUGCACUUGUAAGGGCAGAUGUUUCUCGACUUCCCUUUGCAUCUGGUUCAGUUGACGCCGUUCAUGCUGGUGCAGCUUUGCAUUGCUGGCCUUCUCCAUCUAAUGCGGUCGCUGAAAUCAAUCGUAUAUUACGAAGUGGUGGUGUAUUUGUGGGAAGUACUUUUCUUCGAGUCAGUUCAUCGACGCCUGCAUUAUUGAGGCCUUUCAGACAGAGGAUCACGAGGGACUACAAUUAUUUAACCGAAGAGGAGAUUGAGGACUUGUGUAGAUCUUGUGGUCUCGUCAAUUACUCAAGGACAAUUCAGCAAUCAUUUAUCAUGUUUUCGGCACAGAAACCUUGAAGGUUUUCUAGCUUUAUCCAGAUUUGAUUGUCGUCCGAGAUCUUAUUACGGUGCUGUCGAUACAAUUAAGAAGCACAUUUCUAUGCCAUGUAUAGGGAAAUUAUUUUUACAUGUUAUUAUUGAGAAUAAGAUUAAGUGCAUUCAAUGUUGGAAGAAAAUCCUUUCUAGUUGCAGACCAAUUUUUCCA